AUGCUCUCCGAGAAGUUAUUUUCGAUGGACUCUUCCGCCGAGGUCUCGAGCCUGUACGGCCUUGUGCCUCGCACAUCCGUAGACUUCACUUUCAAACCGACCAAGCGGGGGCAUAUGGCGAAACAGGCGCACGGGAAGACCGCCGCCGAUUAUAUCCUCGAUUCGACCGUCGUCGAUCCCGCAGGCAAGGUGCUCUAUACCCUCACAUCAGACGCGAAACGCAAGAAGUGGACGACAAUCUGCGACGCGACUGGCGCGGAAGUUUCGCGCCUUGACUGGGAUCAUAUGUUCUCGCCACGUAUGACAUUUCGCGGCGGUGACGAGAUCAAGUGCAAGGCAUUCAUACCAUACCAAGACAAGAACAAGACUAAACGUUGGCUCCAGGCCGGUGCCACAGCCAAUGUAUACUCUUGGAUUCCUGGUGAAGAGGAUAACCAUGAUAUGAUCACCCCUUGGGACCAGCCUGGCUAUGCCGUCGCCAUCAUCAAAUCCAACUCGCGCCGCGAAAUCGUGUGCGAGCUUGUAUAUGAAGCUUUCGAGGCCCCUGAGUUCAUCGACGCUCUCAUCACAGCCGUGGCUCUCAUCUACGGAAAGGGUGGAGACCUGGGGCGUGACCUGGUAGUGGACGGUAAGGAUGUUAUGAAGAUCCUGAAUGGCAUGGCCACUGUUGCCUCCAUCGCCUCUGUUCUGUAA